AUGGCUCCAAUAUUCGGCAAUCCAUUCAAGACUCCCACUGCUAAAUAUUUACUGCCUUUCAUGCGCUUUCUCAACAUACCAACUUCCGUGUCCGAUAUACAAUCAAAAAAUCCUUAUGCUCCCAUAGCAAAGACUUCUACAAAGACUUCUGACUGUAUAUACGCUAAGCUCCUCGUUAGCUUAUCCCACGAAUUUGGUGAUGAAUUGUUAGGCUUGUUUGCCUACGGCUCACGCGUCUACGGCAAUGCUAGACCUCACAGUGACGUGGAUGUUGAUGUCCUCAUAAAUUCACAACGUAAAUGUCGGCGAAAUGUUAUCAUCGAUGGUUUGGAGGUCGAAAUGUUUAUCCACCCACCAUCCCAUAUAUGCCACCUGCUCUCGACUGACGAAACUGGAAUUAUCUUACGAUGCUAUGCAUUCGGUAGAAUCAUUUACGACCCAAAUAACAUCCUGCCUCCGUUACAAAACCUUGCGAGAAUACGCUGGGAAGCUGGCCCCCCUGCACUCGACGCAAAAGACUGUUGGCGACCGCGCUACGAGAUAGCAGAUCUCAUACGUGAUCUUGAAGACAUAAGCUUUGUCCACAACGAAGCAACCGCUCAUUUCCUCUUGGUCAAACUGGUGGAGCGCCUGGCGCGCAUUCAAGAGAAAUUAUGGCAUCGAUGGCCAGAAAAGUUGAAGCGUUGCAUCGAAGAAUGGGAAACGUGGGAUACUGUUGGCGGAAAUCUAGCAAAAAGAGCACUGAAUUCGAAAAUUGCAUGGUCGGAAAGAACAAGAUGUGCUAGAGAGUUGGCAAAGUAUGUGCUUGCACCUAUUGGUGGUGUUAUGCCUACCGAAUGGCACAUGGAUUGGGAGGCAAUACCUCCUGUCGAAGAACCGUUCAUAAUACCGAAAAUAGAUUUAUUCAUAUAA